AUGCAUCCCCUCUCCAUUCUCUCUUUCCUCCUCCUCUCCCACCCUUCCCUCAUCUUCGCAGCACCAGCUCCAAACCCCCUCCUUCCCCUCCUCGAUACCCUCAUAAACAUAACCAUCACAGCCUCAACACUCAAUUCCGCUCCACCAGCUAUCUUCACAACAACCACACAUUCUGCUGAAUGCGCAGAUGUAAACCAGGGAGCUCUGGUAUGCUGUCCGAGUAUUCUGGAUGGAGAUCAACCGAUUGUGGUGGCGGCGGCGAGGAUGUUUGGGUUUGUGUUGAAUGGGAAUAGUGUUAAUGGGAUUGGGUGUAGGAAUUUGGAUGAUGGCGCGGAUUGUUCGGUGUUGGAACAUAGACUUUGUUGUCAAGUUACUGAUUUGAUGGCUCUACCACUUGUUAGUUUGGCAAUGUGGUGUCAUGGUGCCGAGGAACUCUGA